CUCCGCUAACCGUCAAUCCUACUGACGUUGCCGCCCAACGGCGCAGGCGCGCGACCUGGGCCGAGCGCGGCGACGGGGACGGGGAGGCUGCGGGAACCGACAUAAAAUUGCAGAAAUUAGAUCACUGGCCUCAGUCUUGGAAGUAUUCUGGUUUUCUGAUAACAACAAUCAAGGCCUCCAAGCAAAAUGAAAUUGAAGAAUGGUGUCAAUCCCGUAUUUUCAUUUUUUUUGCAAUUCAUGAUCAUGGCAUGCAAUCUUUUAUUUAUUCUGCCAUUACAGCUCUUCGGAGGUUCGCAACGAAAAUCCAGAAUAAGAGCAAAAUCAAUUACUAAUCACCCUGCUGGCCCUUAUAGAUGUGUGGAAAGUUUGGAUAAUCUGUUAGCAAGUUUGUAUGGUGGUACUGAUACCCUGGAUAAAAUCUUUCAGUUUGCUACUGAAAGCUUUAGGCAUAGGAAUUGUUUAGGAACUCGUGAAAUUCUUAGUGAGGAAGAUGAAAUUCAGCCAAGUGGAAAAGUCUUCAAGAAGAAUUCUUCAGAUGAGACAGCGCAGGAAGAAGACAAGGUCAUAGUGACAGAGAAAUUAAUUCUUGGGGAUUACAAAUGGCUGACCUACGAUAAGGUCCACCGUCGUGUUAUGCAUUUUGGCAGUGGGUUGGCUGUAUUGGGCCAACGCCCCAAGUUCAACAUAGCCAUCUUCUGUGAAACCAGGGCUGAAUGGAUGAUAGCUGCACAAUCCUGCUUCAUGUACAAUUUUCCCCUGGUUACCUUGUAUGCAACUUUGGGAGGUCAAGCAAUUGCGCAUGGUUUAAAUGAAACUGAAGUGACUCACAUCAUAACUAGCAAGAAACUGCUUCAAACCAAGCUGAAGGAAAUCCUCCUUCACGUUCCAAAACUGCAACAUAUCAUAAUUGUAGACGAUAAGACAACUGCAUGGGCUGAUUAUCCUCGUGGAAUCAUGGUUCAUAACAUGACAGGAGUGGAAGCAUUGGGUGCAAAACCAGAAAACUUGAAUCGAGCUCGGAUGAGACCUACAACUUUAGAUAUUGCAGUAAUAAUGUACACAAGUGGAUCCACAGGACUACCAAAAGGAGUAAUGAUUUCACACAGCAACCUCGUUGCUGGAAUAGCGGGGAUGGUUGCCCGAGUUCCUGACCUGGGACCAAAGGACACCUAUAUUGGUUACCUGCCCUUGGCACAUGUCCUGGAGCUGAGUGCAGAAACGCUGUGCAUGGCUUGUGGCUGUUGUAUUGGUUACUCUUCCCCCCAGACCUUGGCAGAUCAGUCUGCCAAAAUCAAGAAAGGAAGCAAAGGUGAUACAACUGUACUUAAACCAACACUAUUAGCUGCUGUACCGGAAAUUAUGGAUCGAAUUUAUAAGAAUAUAGUAACCAAAGUAGAAGACAUGAAUAGCAUACAGCGAACUCUUUUUGUCGUUGCCUACAAUUACAAGCAGGAACAGAUAGCUGUUGGGUAUAACACACCUAUAUGUGACUGGUUGAUUUUCCGGAAAAUACGUUUAUUGCUCGGAGGCAAGACUCGACUCAUUCUGUGUGGGGGUGCUCCAUUAUCACCAUCCACACAAACUUUCAUGAACAUUUGCUUUUGCUGCCCUGUUGGACAGGGAUAUGGAUUAACCGAGACGUGUGGAGCAGGGACAAUUAGUGAUGUAUGUGACUUUACCACUGGCCGUGUGGGAGCACCUCUACCCUGCUGCGAAAUUACUUUAAAAAACUGGGAAGAAGGUGGAUAUACCGUUUAUGACAAACCACACCCCAGAGGAGAAAUCGUUAUUGGUGGACCAAAUGUUACCCUGGGAUACUUCAAGAAUAAAUCCAAAACAAUGGAAGAUUAUUUUCUGGAUAAAAAUGGGCAGGCAUGGUUCUGUACUGGUGAUGUCGGUGAAUUUCACCAUGAUGGAUGCCUUAAGGUCAUUGAUCGGAAGAAAGAUCUUGUCAAACUGCAGGCUGGGGAAUAUGUUGCCUUGGGAAAGGUGGAGUCUGCUCUGAAGAACAGUCCAUUAAUAGAUAACAUCUGUGUCUAUGCGAACAGCGACCAGUCUUACGUCAUCUGUUUUGUGGUGCCCAAUCAGAAACAGCUGCUAGCUUUGGCUCACCAAAUGAAUAUAGUAGGAAGCUGGAUUGAGAUUUGUAACGACCCAGAAAUGGAGAAAGUAGUGCUGAGGGAAAUUACUGAUGCUGGUGGAUUAGCGAGAUUGGAGAAAUUUGAGAUUCCAUUGAAGGUUCGGUUGAGUCCAGAAGCCUGGACUCCAGAGACGGGUCUGGUCACAGAUGCCUUCAAACUGAAACGGAAGGAACUCAAAACCCAUUAUCUGGCAGACAUUGAACGAAUGUACGGAGGAAAGUAAUAACUGCAAUCCACCCAACCCGAAUAUAUAGGAAUGACCUUGAAACAUAAUAAUAACAGAUCAAAACGCAACAAUGUUUUCAAAUCUAAAGCCAUAGGAUUAAUUAAUCUGAAAGAGUAUCACAUUAUAAAACAAGUGACCCUGUAGUAUUCUUUGAUUAUAGGUAUUAACAUUUAUUCCAGUCAGGAUUACUAAACCAUUUGAAGCAAAAGUAACUUGUUUCUUUUUGUGGUCUUAUAUAAAUUAAAUGUCAUUUGAUAAAUGAUUUACGAGAACAAACAUAACUACAUGAUCUCAUGAGCGGCUAAUAGUUCUCUCAAAAUUGUGGAAACGUAUAGUUUAUUUAUUAUACACUUGUGCAAUGUUUGAUUAAGCAGGGUUUUAAUCAGUGCAGGGAUUGCUCGGUCAAAGAGGUCUUAAGAAAUCCAGAGUAGUACCAUUGGUAGGCAACUUAAUGGUUCAUUAAAUGUUUAGUCAGUGUCUAGCUGAGCAUCAAAAUAUCAACUGAGUCUCGGGUUUGUUCCCUGCUUUCUAACUAGUUAAGGUAAUAGUUUGUGCAACUGGGAAAGUAAAAUUGACCAUGGUUGUAAACCCCUAGUGUUAACUAAUCAUUCCAGUUGGAAAUGUUCAUGUGGUUCUCAGCUGAGCUCAUAGAUGCCAUCUAAAUUGUUCAAAUAUACUGCCUGCACUCACUGUCAAAUUCCAUGCAUGGGCUGUGUCCUCUUGGAUAAGUUUGUAAGUAGGAAAGAAUGAGGGGGGGGGGGGGUGGGGGGGGGGGUGGGAAAAUUGAUCUUGAGGAACAGCCUAGUAAGCACUGACCUCUGAGACAUCUGCAAGUUUACGAAUCUUUUACUUUUAAACCCAUUUUUUGCCUUUUUUGUGUUAUGUACUUGUUCUCUUGGGUAGGUUGGUGGUAAAGUGUUAAUGAGGAAAACAAAAACAAACUGCUGUAUGGAAAAUUAUGCUGUUGAACUGCCUCUGAAAUUCCAGUUAGUUUUGCAUUUUAGUAAAGCUUGGGCAGCUGAAUGUAAGAACACUACAAUGGAAAUGCAUUCUGCAAUUCAUAUUGUUGACUGACGGUACAAAAACCUCCACUUACAGAUUCAGAACAGUUGUUACUCGUGUGUCAGGAGAGGUUUACACAAUGCUCAUAAUGUUUCCUUCAUAUUUUCGUAGAUGUCCGAUGUGUUAAUGUAAGUAGGAACUAAAAGUUACUAACUCUUGGAAGAGAAAUGGUGUCCCUUAAAGCCUCCAGUGUGUUCAACGUAGACAUUUUGUGUUUUGCAUCACCACCUUAAAAUUGGCAAGAACCAAAGUGGCGUUUAAGAAGUUGUUUAGACAGGUUUUGAAUUAUUGUUCCUGAACAAUAAAAGAUCCUUGUUUUCCUAAGACUUUAAUCUUUAUGUUUGCAGAAUUGAGAUAUUGCAGCUUUAAGAUAGACACGUUGAAAUAUCAACAUGCAUAAGACAGAUUAAUAAAAUACCGUGGAUUUUAUCCUUCAUUUUCCCGAAUUCACUAUUUUCAUGCUUGUGACUUGUGUGAGCGAUAAGCUUAAUUGCAGCUGUGAGAUGACCUUUGUGAUUGAUACACAUGGUAUCGACAGCUACUUUCACAGUGAGAACAAUACUUGCAGAAAAACAGAGCCCUGGAAAAUAAUGCACAGAUUUUAAUCUUUCCGCCUCUUGCUGAUCUUUGACUUUUUUUGGUUCUCGGAUAUUGGUUACUGUUAAGAAAACUGCUUUGUUAAUUUUCUACUGGCUAUCAGUUGUAGUUUCAAUGACCGAUUAGUAUGUUUGCGCCAAAUGUAGUUCAAUGAGUAGAAUUUGGAAUGCAUGUCAAUUGAUUUGUUGAAAAAAAAAUAGUGAACGUUUUUAAACAAAAGCAAUCAUGUUCACAAUGUGUUGGGAGAGGGGAGAGAAAAGGUGUGGACAACUUCUGAAAAUGAAUCCAAGUUACUAUUUUUCCUAAGAGCGGUGAUUCAGUAGCACAGUACAGUAAUGAUUAACACUGUUGUAAGUUGCUCAUUUUUCACGGUGUCUCAUUUUAUGGGAAUGCAUUUGAACUUGUUUGUUUCAUGUGAAUAAGCUUUUGUUAUGUUUUAUGCAUGGUUAAUAGAAACUUUCUUAAAUGUAAAUGUGAAGAAUGGGAAAAGAGGGUUAAAAUGUACAUAAGAUAAAGGUGCACACACUUGUAUAAACUGAGUGGAUGGUGAAACUUUGCUCUUUGACUACUGUUCAUUUUAAGGAAUUCUAGUGUGGCAACUGCAUUAAAUCUUGUUGGUAUUUAAUGGUUGAUUUCUAUCUGUAAAUACCUAUAGGACUGUAAAUUUGGUGAAAGUUCCUUUUUCUUCCACUUAGUCAAUUGUACAGCAAUCUUAGUAUUUAAUGUCAUGAAUUUCAAGACAAAAGUCUGGAAAUUUUCGUUGGACUUCCUGCAAAGAUCUGUGUGAACCUUGGUUACAAAAUAUAUUCAGUUAUUUAUUUGUAUUUGGAUAUGUUUUCAGUUACAAAAUAAAAUUGUAAUUUGUGAUUUCCA